GCACACCAACACAACCAAGUUUUCUGACGUUUGACAGUUGUGCCGGUUGUGUUUGUGAAAUUCGUAGUGUUUGUCUCUUAAUUGUGAAAGAAAAAACUGAUAAAUAAAAAAGUGUCGAGCAUGGAUAACAAGGAACUGAGUCUGGAAGGCGUUCGAGACGCCCUUCGCCAGAGCCACUCCCAGCCGGUUGGGGGCCUUCGCCGCGAAGUGGACUCCUUGGACGACUUCGAGCACCUGGGGCACGACAGCUCGCCGCUGAAAGACGGCGGCGAUUUGUUGUCCGCACGUGACCAACCCGUGAUCAAUAAAGGGGAUGACAAAGCCGCCACUGCAGCCAACCCCACAAUUCCCCAAGACCUGUCAUCGUUCGACCCUUUCUCCAGCGAGCGAAAGAUGGACUCGAACCUCCUCGAAAUGGGCGACAACUUCCCCGACCGCAAAGAAGCCGACGCCAAACUCGACAAGUUCCUCCAGGACUUGGGCCCCAUUGCCCCCCCGAAGCACGAAGAGCCCCCAGAGAUCACCAACAAGGACGACAAGAGUGCCACGCAGCACUUCAUGGACUUCGAGCGCGAGGUGAGUCAACCGAAGAAAUUGGACUCGCACGACCUCUUGGAGAAGUACUCAGACAGCGAGCCAGACAAUGACGACGACUUCAAGCCUUCCAAGUAUCAGGACUUCCCUAAAAAGGCCGAACUACCCGAAUCGAUAUCGAGCGAUUUUAAGACCGACACCUUCAAGGAUUUGGAGGAAGUCGAACCGCAACUUCCCAAAAAAGAUUAUCCUUCCGCUCCGGAACCGGAAAAGGUCACGCCUGUUCCACUACGAGAAGACAAACCGGCUCCGGUUAAGGAGAAGACGCCCGAACCGGUGAAGAAACUACCGGAACCGGCUGAAGUCAUCUGCAGGAAACCGGAGCUCGACGAAAAGAAGAAGUCAGCGGUUAUUGACGCCGAGGCCAUCUUCUGCAAAAUGGGCCUAGACACUUGGUUCAACCCUGAAAGACUGAAUCCUAAAGUGGAAAGCCUGAUCUAUUGGCGAGACCCCAAGAAGUCAGGGCCUGUCUUCGGAGGCGUCCUUCUGGUGCUUCUAGCACUCACGUACUUCUCACUAAUCAGUGUCGUGGCAUAUUUGUCACUGUUGGGCCUUACUGGAACGAUUUCCUUCCGGAUUUACAAAAAUAUCGUUCAAGCAGUACAGAAGACAGGCGAUGGGCACCCCUUCAAAGAUCUUCUAGAGUUUGAUGUGUCGCUUCCGCAAGAAAAAGUCAAAGAGGUGUCUGAAGUGGCCGUUGCCCACAUCAACGCUGCGGUGGUGGAGUUGAGGAGGUUGUUCCUCGUCGAGGAUUUGGUGGAUUCCAUCAAGUUCGGGGUUUUGUUAUGGACACUGACUUACUUAGGGGCUUGGUUCAAUGGAAUGACUUUGAUUAUUAUUGCUUGGGUCGCACUCUUUUCUCUUCCCAAAGUUUACGAAACUAACAAAACGCAAAUUGAUGCCAAUUUGGAGAUUGUGAGGACUAAGCUCGCCGAAAUCACGUCAAAGGUGAAGGCGGCCAUCCCAAUUGGCAAAAAAGCAGAGGAGAAGAAGGAUCAGUAAUUAUUUUCACGGAGGAGAUAGCUGAGAUGUCACACUUGUGUCAUAAGUUAUUCAAAUUUAGCUAUUUAUGAACAAUCUUAUGAUUUAUUCCUUAAAUUCCAUCCUGAAAUAAAUUCAAACAAAUAUAUACGCUCUGUAUAUACACCCUGUUUAUUUAUUGUUGUAUUGUAAUUCAUAAAUUUUAUCAAUGCAACUCGAUUCGGUUCUGUUGUCUUUGUGUAAAGCGUUUCUUAGUUGAACGUAAGGAACUACUAUUAAAAUAAAUUCUAUCGUU